UAAUUAUAACUUUCACCUGUACAUGUUCUACAAGUACUAUGACAAGAUAUAUAAGAAAAAUGAAUGUUUUUGAUUAAUGCUGUAGUCUAUGAAUUUGUUAUACUGAACUUUAAAUUAGUGAAUGCAUUAGUAUAAGGAAGUGAAAUCUGAUAAGUUCUCACCUCAUGAUCACUUGAAUUGCAUGCUCCGUUGACAAAUUAUAAUGGAUUCUAUGUAGAAUGCUCAAAUAAAUAUGCCUAAUUUAUGUAUUCAAAUAUCAAAAUAUCGUUAUUCCAACGAGAUACAUAAUAGACAUCAAAUACAAUCGUAUGAUUAAUUGAAUAAGGAUUCUAGGAGUAGUAUUAAUAAUUAGAAACAGCAGUCAUUUAUUAUUAUGAUAGGAUUAAACUUGAUCCAAUAGGAUUUGUGCAAUUCACGUAAAUGGCAUUCUUUGUACUUAAAUCUUACUUAAACCCAUAUGGACAUGUACUAUCUGAACAAUAUAUAUUCUAAGGUCUAUGAAAUGAGCUAUAAUAAACAACCCAUUAAGCUAUAACAAAUUUUAAUUGAAUUAAAAACCACAUAAUAAUUAAUAGGUAUCAAAUUCUUUGUUCUAUGUCCAAAAAUACGUAAAAUCUAAAAUGAAUAUGAAUAUUUUAAUUAUUAAUUUAUAAAGAUGAAAAAUAGAAUUGAAUUGAAAAAAUAGAACAAUUUUAGGAGUAAUAAAUAAAACUUAAAAUUACAGGUUGUUUUAAAUUAGAAAUAAUUUAAAAAAGCCAACAUUAAUCUCCUAAUUUUACAAAAUAAAUUUUAUUUAAGAAAAUAUAAAUGUUAAUAUAAUUAUAAUUUAUCUACUUUCAUUCAUAUCAGUUAAUUAUCCAUUUAAAUCAGUGCAUAUUGUAAAUUAAAACAUUUAUUUUAAUAUCUAAUUUUAUAUACAAAAAAAUUCAUUCUGUUUCUUAAAUCAGAUUAAUUUAGUCUUAUUAAAAAAAAAGGAAAAAGAUGGUUUGAUACAAUUUUUUAGUAAUCUUAGUAGAAAAUUAUUAUUUAAUCUCAUAUAUUUUAUCUAAUCUUUUUAAAAAUAGUGGGAAUUUUCACAAAAAAAUCAAUGAUUUUUAAUAAUUAGAUGUAAUAAUAAUAUUUUAGUAAAAUGAGUUAUUCUAAUCUAUCUCCUUCAAGCUAAUCAAGUGAAUCUAAUUCUUAGAGGAGUAGAAGUCAUACUGUCAAUUUCGAUGUAAUUCAUGAUCCUGUUUUGGAAAAUAAAAAUUAAAAGAAUUAAAAAAAUCAGAGAGCGUCAUUAAGGAAUUUGAAAAUGGAAAAAAUGGUUAGGACUGUAAAUUAAUACUUAUAAACGUAUGAAAUUUACUUAAAAUUAUUGUUUGGAAGGUAAAUAAAGAGCUAGGAUGAAUAAAAGAUGAAUUAUAAAUUUGGUCAAUUUAUUGAAUAGAUAGAUGUAAAUGUCUUACCAGAAGCUGUAUUAAAGUAAGUAUUGACAAAUAAUAAAGGUUUCCAAAUCCUGAUUGUUAAUAAUGUGAAUAAUUAGAAAUAAUGUCACCUAUUGAUACUAUACUUUUUAUAGAAAAAGUCCUAAAAUUGGAUAUGAAGAAGAUUGAUAAUCAAAUAUUUAUGAAAGCUGUUGAAGGUGUAUUUACAAAGCUUAGUCCUUGUCUAAAAAGAAGCAAAAGUAAGUUUGGUUUCAAAUAAAACUCAAAUUUAAAAUCAGAAACAAUUCUGGAUUAAAUCCCAUUAGAUUAAGAAAAUGUUUAAACACCAUUUGAAAGUAUAUAACAGAGAAGAUGGUAUAGAUAAUCAAGUCAUAAAAAAGUGGAUCCAUUAACUAAUUUAGUAAUGUCAAUGUAACAUAAAUUGAUGGGCUCAGAAACAAUAAAUUUAAAAUUGUAUAAAUAAACUGAUACCUUUGAUUUAGAUUAUUCUUUAAUAAAAGAAAUGAAACCUAAAAUUAUGUAAGGAGGAGGAUAUUUUGUUUUUAAAAAUGGAAAAUGGAAUAGAAGUGAUGAAGAUACUAGUGAUGUUUUAACCUUAAUAAGAUAAAUUAUGCUCAUAUAAAUUAUGAUUAAUGGUUUUAGUGUUAAAAGCUGUAUUACAGAUGAUGGAAGAUUCAUUUUAUGUAGAUUAUAUGCUCAUGAAGAAAAUUUAAAAACUUUGGCUCAAAGAUAAAAAUUAAAAAAAAAAUUAAAUUUUUGGUUUACAGAUCUAUUUUCAAUGGAACCAGUUGAUAAUUGUUAUAGACCUUUAAGAUUGAAUAAUAGAAUUUGGAAACCUAAUGAUUAUGAUGAUGUUACAGAAAUGUUUUUAUAUCUCAGACCAAAAAUUAUUAAACUUUUAGAUGAAAUUAAUUUCAAAAGAGUUUCUAGAGAAACAAAUCAAAGUAGAAUUAAUGGAUAAUUAUUUUAAUAUGGAAAAAUGGAUUUAUAAGAUGAUGAAGAUUAACCUACAGAUGAAUAAUGGUUUGCUUUCUAUCAAUAUUUAGUUCAUUUGGAAAAGGAAAUAUCAAAACUUAGGAAAAAUUUCAAAAUUGAUAGUGAUGUUUCAGCUAUCAUUAAUAAAUAAUUAAAACCUUAUGAUCUUUACGUUAUUAGAAAUUAAAAAAAAGAAGAAAUUAAGAAAUUAAAUAAAAAUAAUAUUAAAGAUGAAUCAAACAGAAUUCAUUAGAUAGAAAUUAAAAAAAUUCAAUAAAGAGUAUUUAAUGUUAUUUAAGAAUAUUAACAUUUUUUAACAGAAGAUCAAGUUCCCCACACCAAAUUAAUUAAAUUAUUUAAGAAAGAAAGAUUAGCAUCUAAUUAUUAAAGUAUUUUUGAAGAAGCUCUCAAAGUAGCAAAUAGUUAAAAAUAAUUAUUAUUUACUAUUUGGGACUUAAUAGAUGUAUAAAGAUUAGAACCAUAUGUUGUAUAUUCUAAACCUAGCAUGCUUAUUUCUCCUUUAAUGAAACUUUAACACAUUAUGUGUUGGUGUAAGUAUUAAAUAAACGAAUUUAAAAAAAUUUCUUUAUUUUCUUCUUCUGAGAGAUUGAAAUUAACAGAUUAAGCAAUUAAUAAUAUGUUUUUAUUGAAUGAUUUGAUUAGUAAGAAAGUUGUUUCAUAAUUUUUUUGUGUAAAUGAUCAUUAUGAACUUUUUGGACAUUUAAGUUGUUCAUAAAAUGAUUUUAUGUUAGAAGAUGAUUUUUAUAGAAAAAAAAUUUAUCAUUUAGAAUUUGAAUGGUCAUUUAAUAUUUAAAAACCUUGGAGUGCUCCUAUAGUUUUAAUUUGUGAUUAUUAUGGUUAAAAAAUAGGACUUUAUUUUUACUACUAAACUUAUUACACUAAAAUGUUAUUAAAAAUAGCUUUUAUUGCUUUGGGUUGUAAUUUAGUAUAAUGGGUAAUUUAAGAUGAUAAAACUGAUUUAAAUUAUUUAUUAAGAAUUAUAUUUGCAUUUGUAUAAAUUUAGUGGACAAAUUUAUUUGUUGUAAUUUGGUAAAAAAAGUAGCUUAUUUUUAAUUUAUAAUUUGGUCAAUCAGGAAAAGAUGAGAUUUAGGUUUAAAGAAGUAAUUUUAUAGGAAAAAAUAGAAGAUCAGUUGAAAAUGAUUAAUUAAAUAAUGUAGGAAUUGAUGAGUUGGAACUAUAUUCUAGGAUGGUUUUAGCUACACUCAUAUUAAUUUUAUUGAUUCUUCUCUAUAGUGGAGUUGUUAUUUGUUUGUAUAUUUUGACUAUCGCUCUUAAAUUAAAGAUGUAAGAGGAUAAAACAGUAAGAGACACAACUUUUGAAGUAAUGGUAACAGCUACUAUAAAUAUUGUAAUCAUAUAAUUUUUGGAUAAGGUUUACGAUAUUAUUGCAACUAAAUUAACUGAUUUUGAGAAUUAAAAAACAGUUAAAGAUUAUGAAGAAAGUUUUGUAACUAAGAAAUAUAUUUUGUAUUUUAUAUCAUAUGUUGGUCCAUUAAUCAUUAUAGCUUUCUUAAACGAACCAUUUAAUCUUUAUUGUAAAGAAACUAAUUGUUAGGAACAUAUUUAAUAUCAUUUUGCGACAAUGAUUAUUUGGGUAUUUUUUUUUAAAACUGUCAAAAUGUUUUAACUUAUAAUAAAUGUUAAAAAAAUUCCUAUAUUUAAAUAUAAAUUUGAAGAAAUCAGCAUCUCUAAAUAUAUUUAAGAAUAAUCAAAUCGUUAAUCCUAUGCAAUAAGUUAAGAAAGAUAUGGAACUUUAGAAGAUUAUAUGGAAAUCUUUCUUUAAAAUACACUUCUCUCUAUUUUUGGAUAUAGUUUUCCGUUUAGCUUUUUCCUUUUAUGGGUCCAAAAUAUUGCAUAAAUGUAAGCUGAUAAAGCUAAAUUCAUUUAUUUUUUAUAAAGACCUUGGCCAUAAAACAAUUCGUCAUUAGGAGUAUGGAAUAAAAUAUUAGAACUAAUUAAUUAUGUUUGUAUUUUAACAAAUACUGGUUAGAUGACUAUGGAAUAUAAUAAAAAGUAUGGAUAUGAAAUCUUAUUAGCUUACUUAAUGUUUCUUAUUUUUAAUUUUUCUAUGAAUUUUAUAAUGAAUGGAACAUUUGGUUAAAUCCCUUAUGAAUUAGGUCUUUUUAUUAAGAGAUAAAAGUAUUUAAUUAAACACACUAUAGAGUAAUUUUCAAAAAAUCAAACUAGUGGAUAAUAGUCAAAACAUGAUGAUUUAAAAAGAUUUCCAAUCUUUAAAAUAUAUUCUACUGUUAAUGAUUAAUUUUCUGGAGAAUUUGAAACUGUAAGUUCAGAAGAUGAUUUAGAAAGUCACUAUGACUUGAAUUAAAUGAAAUUUUUAUGCAAAAAUGAUAAUAAAAAAGAGUAGUAGAUAGUUUAAAAAAAGUAAGGUGUUAUUAAUAAUGAUAAAUAGAAAAAAACUACAAUAUAAGAAAAGUUAAUAUAAAAAUAAAAAAUAAAUGAAAGGAAAUAAAGAGAUAUUUUAAAGGAUGAAGUUAUGUCAGAUUAAGUGAUGUUAAAUUAUUUCUUAAAAAGAAAGUUUAAUUGGGCUUUUGAAAUUAAAUCAUGGAAAAGAAAUUUUCAUAAGAAAUUUAUAAAAACUAUGCAAUUUUUAUAUCAAAAGCAAUUAUUAAAUUUACACAAAACUUGUUGGUGUGAUUUAAGAGUAUCACAUAGAUAUUUGUACAUGAAGAGAAAGACUACAUUGUUAAGAUAAUUGGAAUUAAGAAAGUUAAUAAUUUUCAAAAGAAAUGAGAAAAAAAUCAUAGAAUAGUAUAAAGAAAGAGCAAAAAUUAAAUUUAGGAAACAAUUUAAAAUGUUUGAUCCUAAAAGUAAAAGAUUAGAAGAAAUUCAAGAAUUGGAAGCAUUACAGAAAAAAUUUGACACUUAUGUAUAUAAGCAUGCUUAGCUUGAUAGUACAAAAGUAGUUGUAAUUAAAAUGAAAGGUAUUUGGUUUAGUCAAUAUCGUAAAUCAACAAUAAAAACAAGAUCAUUGAGCAUGGUCAAAGAUUUCUUUUUUAAAACUAAAUUAAUAGAUAAAUUAAAAGGAGAUUCAGGAUUACAGGAUUAAGUAGAAGCUUCUUUAGGAGAUCCUCAUAAAUUGGAUUCUAUUACUUUGGAACAUUUUAUCAAAACUUUUUGGUCUUUAGGAAAUGCGUAAAAAUAUUUAUUAUUUCUAGCUCUAAAGAACAAUUUGAACUUCCUUUAUGCACAAAAGAAUUAAAUAUUAUGGAUUAUUAUAAAAACAAAAAGAAAUCAGAGACAUAUUUUUAGAUUGUAGAUAAAUUUAGAGAUACCUAUGUAUUUGAUUACCAAUAUUAAAAAUUACAAGAAAUUACUAUGUAAUAUUUUGAAGAAGAGAUGUUUCCUAUAGAACCAAUAAAGUUAUAAAGACAAUUAAGUGAAACUGUUUGGAUAUGCACAGAUAAAUAUAAAAAAUAAUGUUUAAUUUAAUUUUUACAGAUCAGACAUGAAUAAUAAUUAAGAAUAAAUCCUGACUGUGCUGUUAACUAUGGAGUUUUUUAUGUAAAAGCUUAUCCUUAAAUCAGACUCUCAAAUAUAGUAGAUUAAGUGGAUGAUUUUUAUAUUAAAGGUUAUUGUGUAUUUAAAUAUGAAAUUUUAUCUUAAUACACAUUAAAACAUAUAAUCAAAUAUCGAUAUACUUAUAGCUUAGAAUAUUCAUUGACAGAUUUGAAUGAAUUUUUGCAUGCUAAUCUGAUUUUAUUAAAAUAAUAGAGUCACGGGAAUCUAAAUAUUAAUAAUUAUUAUCUUUUUGGUAGAAGUUAUGUAUUAUUGUAAUCAAAUAAAUAAGAAAAUGAUUUAGUGAAUUUAGCGUAAGUUGUGAUUGAAAUGAUUUUGUUGCAACCAGUUGAAAAUGCAAUUAGAGGUUAUUAAUAAUUAAGUACUUUACAUUCCUUGCGUCCAGUACUUAUGUUAAUGAUAUUUGAAUCUCCUUCCAUAGAUGAAUUGAUAGAUAAAUUAAUUAGUAAACAUUCUUUUAUGGAAUAUAAUAUAAAUCAAGAUGAUAGACAUAAAUCAAUAAAGCAAGAAGAUACUAUUCUUGGACAACUUGCUUUGGCAACACAUUAAAUAAAUUUAAAUUUUCGUAUGAAACAACAUUAAGAAACACUUAAGGAGAUUUCUGUGAUAGAAAAAUUUUUAAUGUCAAAAAAAUUCUAAGAAAAUGAAGAAUUUUUAGAUUCAUUUUUGUCAUAUUUGAUUGUUCAUUAGAAUCAAAUAAUUUCUAAAUAAUCUGAAAUUAAAUUAUUAUUCAACAUUUUACUUAUAAUUUACAUUAAAUUUGCAACUUUACUUUAAAUGAGAUAAAACUUUUUAUUUGAAAUGGAAUAAUUAUAUCACACAUUAAUUCGAUCUGUUGAGAAUAUUAAUGAUUUAAUAAAGUAGUUGAGCUUAAAUGUCAAAUUAGAAUAGCUUAGUACAACAGAAUAAAAGAUCCUUUUAAGAAGAAGAUAAACAAGAUCAAAAUCCUAAAUAGAUUUAACAGCUGCUGAUAGAAUGCUUUUAAUUUAAAAAAUAAGAAAACAUCCAACAUAUAUCAAAGUAAUUUGCUAAUUAAAAAAAGAAUUGUAAAGAUAUUCUCUGUAAUUACAGGCAUUGCAUUCAAUAUAUUUAUAUUUUAAUAAAAACUUUUUAUAUUCUGCUUAACUAUUAGAAAAUAUUUAGAAAAUCUAAACUGAAAUAAUUCAUUCUGAUCAUAAAAUUUAGUUAGUAAUUGAAGAACCUUAAGAUCUUAGUCCUAGUUAAUUUAACUUUGAUUAAUAAUCCCCUACUUUAGAUGCCUCACUGAAAUAAUAUUAAGAUUAGACAUUUGAAUUGUAAAAGGAAUUUAAUGACUCUCCUAAUUAUUGUUUAUAGUUGCUUUUUUACAAAUAUUUGUAAUUAUUAGUCUGGUAUGAUGGUGGUAAAGAAAAAUUUUAAAAUGAUUGUAUAGAUUUCAUUUAAAAUUAAAUUGAAUCACCAGUUUUUGAUUAUUUUAGUUCAUAAUUAAAAGUAAUUUAAAAAUUUGAAAUACCUGGAGAUUAUAUAGAAUUUAACAAGACUUGUCAAAUUGGUAAAUUUAUUGUAAUUAAUAUGAAUAAAUGGAUUGAAUAAACUUAUUUAACUCCAACAAAAUAUGAAGCUUCAAAUGACUUUCAAUUUAAUUGGAAGUAAGUAUUAACUUUUAGUACAAUAGAAUAAUCUUUAGAAAAUAGACUUUUUUUAAGUAAAAUAAUAGGAUAAACUAAAACCAAUUUAAACUAUUUAUUAUUAGAAAUUAGAGCAAUUCAUCAAUUAUUACAUUUAGAUAAUUAUAGACCAUUAGAUCAUUAAGUCAAUCUCUAAAACUUGGAUACAUCUAAUUUAAAACAUGAUUUUUUGAAUAAUAGUCUAAUUAAUAGAUUAAAAGUGCUUCAUAAUGAAAUAUCUAUAGAAUCUGAUUCAUGGUUUCAUUGUUCUGGAUUGCUUUAAUUUAGAGUUUUUUAUAUCCAUUCUUUGUGUUUCUCAUUUUCUAAGAAACAUUUCGAAAAUAUGUAUGGUGAAUCUAGUAAUCUUUUAUUUUUAGCUGAAAUUGCUCUUAAAUAAAUAUCUUUUGAUUCUUAAAGUGACGCUCACCGCAUGAAAGCUUAUUAGAUAUUAUAAAAACCAUAUUAAUUGUUUGAGAUGAAAUCAAAUGUUAAAUCUAAUUAAAUAAGUUAAAUCAUAAGUUCAUUUUUCUUUAUGUCUCAAUAUUAUAGCAUUUAAGAAAAAGAAUAAUACUUCAAAAGUAUUCUUGAUUUAUAUGGAGAAUAAGUAAAGCCUUCUUUGGUAAUAUUGGCAUUAAUACAUUUUUAUCUAUCAAAAGGAUAAAAAGAAAUUGUUCAAUUAAUAAUUAAGACAGUUGUUAAAUUAAUCCAUUUAGAUACAUAAAUUUUUUAAAAUGCUCAUUUAUCAUUUAUAGAUGAUCUACAUAUAAGUUUGCUUGAAUGCAAUCAAGAUGUAGUUGAGUAUCUAUACCCUUAUGAUUGUUUAUUUAAAAGAACUACAGAUAUUAGAUCUUUCUCAUCAAAUGAAUAAAUUUUAAAUCUCAAAUAUCUCAUUUAUAAUCAAUUUUUUCAUCAAGAUCCAGAUUUCAAUAUAGACAUACUAGAAGAUCAUUUGAAACUCUUUUCUUCAUAUACAUAUAUGAUAAAGUUGAAGAAUAUUUAUCAAUUAUUUAUAUUAGUCUAAAAAUCAAUUAAAGGGGAGGCCACAUUCGAAGAAAUGGAAAUGUAAGUUGUUAUUUAAUCUUAGAUUUCUUAAAAUGCAAUUUGAAAAGAUAACAGUUUAUUCUUCAAUCAUUAAAAGCCUAUUAGCAAGAUACUAUAUUAAUUUGAAAAGCUAUGAAGAAGCUAAACCUUUAUUAGAAGAACUUAUUUCUUUUCUUUAUUCAAUCUAAAUAAAAUCUAAUUUAUUACUUUUUGUUGAUAAAACUAAUUUUGUAAAAUAUUCAAUAAAUAUUAAAGAAAAUUUACAAUAAUGUGCCUAUUUUUAAAAUGCUUUUUGAUGUUUAAUUAGAAGAGAUAGCAGCAGAAGAUACUGAUAAUCAAUAUUGCCAUUUAAUUGAUGAGUAAUUUAUAUAAGAAACAAUAAUAUAUUAUUUAGAAGUACUGGCUAAUACAUAAAAUGAAACAUUGAAUAUGCCUAGUAUUUAAGUUAUUCUAUCAUUUUUUUUCUAAGUAAAAAAUUUUGGAACACAACAAAAUUUAUUUAAAGUAUUAUCAUAAAUAUUUUUAUGUUAUUCAUCUCCUAUUGGAGUUGAAAUGGUAUAAGAAUAAUUAGGAACCACUUAUGAAUAAUAAGUAUUAAUUAAAAUCUAUAAAAGAUCUAAACUUACAUUUAAUAAAGGAGUUAAUUGAAAGAAAGAUUAAAUCAUUUAUUUUUAAUAAAAUAAUUAAGUGUUGAGGAGAGCAACAGAAUAAAUUCUCAAAUAAAUUUAUAUAAUUUUGCCAUAGGAAUUUAUGAAGGAAUAAGUAAAGGAAUCUCAAAUAAAACAUUGCUGACAUGGAGUAUUUCAGCAGCUGAAAAAGCAUUGAUAGGAUUCAGAAUAGUCUGCAAAUCUUUUUAAAGAUCUAUUCAUUAUUAGAUUGCAGAUCUUCACUUGACAUUAACAGAUUGUUUUGUAUAGUUAGAACAAUUAUCCACAAUUAUUUUUCACUUAGAAGCUGCAGAAGAUGAAUUGAUGACUUGGUUCAAAUACAAUAAACAUCCACUAAAAGCACACUUUUUAAUGAAGCAAGGAGCUCUCAGACCAUGGAUAUAGGAACAAUAUAUUAUAUAUAUUUCAUGGAUGAAUGAAUUACCUAGACUAAAUAGAUUAAAUAUAUUCACUAUUAUUAGAUAGUUAUUACUUCAAAAUAGAAAAUUAUUAUAAAUAUUUGAAUAAAAUAAUUAGGAUCUUAUAAAUCUAGAAAUAAAUCUUCUUUUAUAUCUAAAGGGCUUAGAUGAGAGUUAAUAGGUUUAUGUCGAUAUUUUUGAAUUGUGCAAAAACAAUGAUCCAGAGUUAUUAUUAAAACAAGUGACUACAUUAUCGGCUUUCGAUUUUAAUGGAGUAAAUAUUUUAAUGGAUGUAAUUAAUCUAAUCAAAUUUAGGCUUAAGCAAUAUUUUAAACUUUCAAUUAAAAUAAUUGUUUCACUUAAAGAUUAUAAAUUAUGAUAGAUUAAAUGAUUUCAAAAUAAAUAAAUUGA